AUGGAACUCUUCUCUGCUCGUCUGUCGUUGAACAAGUAUUGCAGUCUUGGAAACCAGGAGAGCAAGGUCAUGGGGAGAAGGAAGGGAAAUACGACAUAUCCGGGGAUCCAAUGGGAAAUUUUAGCUGCCCAAAUUGCUGACAUGUUGAAUUGUUUGGCAGACAAAGAAAGGCUCGUCAUGUGGAGUAACUUCGGCGGCACCAAAGGCUCGGAUAGCACAGUGAAAGCGAUAACUACAGGGGGGUUGACAAAUCCCAAGCCAAGUGCGCCAUCGUAUCGGGCCAUCAUCGCGGUAAAAGCUCAAUUCUUCUUUGAACUCUAG